CUGCUUCUGAAGCCGCACGUGAUUCUGCAGACAGACGAGCUGAGAUGUUCGCGAGGUGGUUUGAUUGCGCUUGCAAAGUCGCUGUCCCAACGUGGUGGUCGGAUCACAGAUGGUGUCUGGCAAAUCCUAGCACGUUUUGCUACCAAUGAUGGUCUUUUCUAUAGAACUACAUCUGUGCCAGUCCUACUAGCGAUCUUUGGGCAAUGCAUCCAUGCAAGCCAAUGGUCAGCGAUUGAAAACUGAUUACGUGAAUCAUGUCAAUCUUGUCCCAAAGUCAAACAUUGUCAGCGUUUAGAGCCCUCCCUCUCUCCGUCGUCUGAAGCUUUAGUAUCCUCGGAAACCCAAGACAGUCAGACUUCCACGGGCACCCAACCACGGAGCCAGAGCCAGCAAGAUUCGGCAUGCGAGACCGUGUGCCCCAUUAGUGACAGUGGAGCAUUGACAACGAUACAGUUGUUGAACCGAUGUGUCCAUCUUCCACCUGACCUUUUUGCAGACUUAUCCACGGCAGAGCAACUUUAUCACAUCAACUGCAGAGAUGUGGCAAUCAAAAGGCUACGUUCUGAGGUGGCACAGGUGCGUCAGCAGCUUCGAGUACGAGGAGCUGGUGGAGCUGCCAAAGAUCAUGCUUCAGCACCUUUGGUGGGUCGAAGUAGGAGAACUGGUAGAAACAAUGACCAACUUGGAAUUCAACCAGUGAAGUGCGAUCUGAGUCCAGAACAGUUAUGGGAUGCAGUUCGGGGAGAUGUCCCGAUCACAGCGGCCAUGUUUGAAAUUGAAACAAAGGGUAAGGAUCGUUAUACCAGAAAACGCCAGCACUUGACACCACGGGGUCAAAUAGUGGCAGCUGUCAGAAAAUGUUUGUCGAACAUUGCAGCAGCUGAUAUGGGGAAACUUUUGCUGACCGAUAUAUCGAAAGAUUCUUUCUUGAAGGCCGAGAUCAUUUUGGGGGCAACAAGGGUGUGCUCCUUUCGUAAGUUUCAUGAAAUGUUUGAACAAAAACUGACAGCCUCAACCUCGACAACUCCGGGACUUGUUGUGCAUUCGUUCAGCAGUGAUGCGACAACAACUUCAGUUUGGCAACGAUCGAAGCUUCUCAGUCUUGAAUUGGAGACAUUGUACCUUCCAGAGGUAUCUCUUUCCCCGGAAUGUCAGUGGCGUAGGAAGAAAGCAUUUGCAGAUUUGCAAGUGGUUUCCGACGAGACAGCAGUUGGAACGUUUUACCUGGCUCAACGCCAGCUUGAAUCACUGGGAGCUGUUGGUGUGGGCAGGGAAUCUCCUCAAAUGUCACAGGGUUCUGCAUCCCCUCCGAUAAGAAUCUAUGCUUACACAUCAGACGGGGGAUCGGACCAGACCAAAUUCAAUGCGGGACCCUCCUUGAGGAAGACCCUUCAACACUUUUCCUGGCCUUCAGUUGCUACAUGCAUUGUUGUCAGUUGAUAGUGAAGACAGGACUCAACGUGGUCGACGCAUGGUUCAAAAAACACGUCGACCCAGAUGUCGGAAAACCAUUCUCAUAUUUUGCCACUAUCGCGAAGAUAUCUUAUACAUGGAGGGACUGCAGCAAGCUGAUCUACAAAAACUGGGUUCGAAAAUUAGGAGUUGUUUCAGCGGUCACAAACUGUCGCAAGAUCAUUCCAAAAUGUGUAGCAGGGCGAUGGGGAUCCAUUGCAGAUGUGGAAGGGUUUUUAUUGGAACGGAAAGUGACAAACAUUCUACGUGUGAUUCCUGAUGCCUUCGGUUUCAAUCUCGCUGGAGCUGCUUCAUUCCUGGAUGAAGAAAUUGACGAUGAUGUUGAUGCAAGUCGGGAUGGCAAUCGACUUGACCGUGAUGAUCGUGACGACCCACCCAUCCCGCUGGAGGACAUCAUGAAGUUGAGCCUCGAAUCUGUUGGAUCAGGUGACAGACAUGACGGAGAUGGCACCGUGGAUCGCGACCAGGCCACCAAUGCGGCGCCAGAUGAUCCAUCAGCUGAAGAAUAUCAGGAGUACCGAAUUCGGUUGGGGCGGUGGCGACGUGACACUAUUGCUGCCAUACUGAGUCCAAUUUGGUGGCUGGUUCACAAUAUCGUGACACGACUUCACGGACCUUUGACACAUCAUUUUGCAUACAUUCGAACCAGCAAUGUUUGUCCAGUGCUGGCCGAAAUGACCUGCGUGAAAGCUCAAGAAAUCUGCAAGGAAUUUGAAUCUUUGGUGUCAAACAAAUCGUCAUGGGCUAAAACAAUCGCACUUUCAUUCUUGGGGUGUGGAGAAGCCCUACCAGGUGCAGUAACGUUAUCAGAUAUCCUUGAGCUGGGUGUAUGUCUGAAUUUGCACCAUCAUGCAGCCUACAGCAGGCGAGUUGUCAGAGACACACAGAGGUUUCCUUUGGCUUUGUUCUGGUUGGCCUACUCACCACCGAAUAUUUGUUGCAAGAAGCGGCAGUCUAUUGCAACUUUUGUUCUCAACUCCAACCCAGACUGUCUAGAGGCCAACACUCGGAAACUUCGGGGUUUGGCUUACGAUGAGUUUCAACAGAUGGCUGCUUCUGGAGUUUGCGGGCCAAUCUUAUAUUCCAUUAUGUUAGCCGUGACGACAGUCGCCAAAGGGGAUGUUGCAAUUAAUGAGGGUCACAAUUCUCUGAUCAAAUCAAUUGUUCAGAGAUGUCGAUGCAUUGGCCUACCUUUGCUCUCUGCCAGAUCCAAUUGUAAGAAAGAACUCAAGGUUGGAGUCCGAGGCGCCCCUACAAAGUGGUCAGGUGUGAAGAAGGAAGCUCUUCUCAUGGUCCAGGACUCUGUUGAGAACUAUAGAGCUGCUUUUGAAAAGGUAUUGUCAGACCCAGACCGAUUUUCCUGUUCAAUCGAUUGUGAACGGCAAAGAGACAUUGACAAUGGUUUCAAUCUUCCUGCUGACGAGCAAAUCACUUCCUGUGCCAGUGCUGCAGUUCGGAAACAAAAUACCAUACCUGGUCUUACCUUCGCUUGUGAAGUAGAUACUGCUGAUGCCUCCGAUGAAGCCAGAGCUUGGGGGUAUGUUCAGUCUGUACGUCUUCAUCGGAUGAAGCAGUCGAUCUCGGCAGAGACUUGUGUUGCUUUGGGGUCUCUAACAGACAAGGACUCUCGCGGCCAUGUGAUCCAAUCUACAGCCUGGAUGAUAACUGACAAAAAUUACAGUUUGGCCAUGCUGACUAAGCUACAAGUGAUUCCUGUGUCCGACUGUCGUCAAGACUUGAUUGAGGCUGCCGCGAUGUGCAACCCACCUGGUACCCAAGUUGAUUUCAUUCUUUUACCAGCAAAACCUUUGUGUACGAUACCAAGCACCGACUGGUUCUCUGCCAUCGUAUAUGAGAAGUUGGUAGCCGAUGAGAAACGUGAGGUUGCAACAUUCACUCCGAAGAUCUACAGGUACAAACUGCAUUGGUGCUACAGCCUGGACACUGAUUCGUUGUUUGCCACCACCAGCAUCAGCGAUGAAUUCCCUCUUUUGGCUGUGACUGUUUCUGCUAGCCGCAAACGACAAAAAACAGACGACAAAGGGUCAGGGCAAGCCAAGAAGUAUGCCAAGCCAAAAGGGAAAGAGGGAGAAGACAAUCAAGAUUUAGAUCUAGAUCAUGAUGUUGAAAAUACUUGUGGCCGUGGUUCUUCCACUGGGCGGUCCGGGCAUGAACGUUCAAAUGAGGAGCUAAAGGCAUUGGCUAUUCAAAUUGCAAAUGGUACAGAAGAUCCAGAUCUGCUUCCAAGGGAUGUGGGAGAUGCGGGUGGUUUACAUCAGAAUUUGGCCAUAGUGCUAGGCGCCUUUGAGUCAUCCAACGACGAAGCUGAUGAAGCUAUGAGCAAUUUUGAAACCUGGCGGGAGGAGGAUAGAGUUGCGACGUGUGCUGAUAUGUUUGACAAGCAAGAGCAAGAUCUGGCCACAUCUACAGAGGCAGUGGUGAUGGAAACGGUAGAACCUCGCGAACAUCCAAGUGAUGAUCGAGAAGCCUUGCUGCAAGCCCAAUAUGACAAGGAGCUGGGGAUUGACUCUAAAUCGCUGGGGUGUCACGGCUCUGGGAGAGAGUUUGAAUCUGAACCUGCUGAUAUGAACGAUAUGAGCUCAGUUUGUGGUGACAAGUCUUCCGAAUCUCCUGAACUGACUGUCGCUGAACGUGAGAGACAACAACAGCUCAAGAAUAUUAAGUUUUGGAUUGCUGAGUGCGAUGCUGGUCGCAAGGCUUUGGAAGACAGAAUUACUGACAACAAUACAACCACAACCCCUGGUGGGCCCUGGCCACAUGAGCUUUCACUUGUUGCAACAUAUCCAACAAAGUCUGAUACCGUCUUGAAAUCCACAGAUACUGCUACGACUGGGGCUGGGGUGACAAGGUGUCGUCCAUGUUCGAAUUACAAUGUGAAUGGAAAUGCGACACUAUUGGUUGUGGCAUGGAAUGAUUCAAAAGGUCGUACCGGGCGGGUAUGUGAUGUCAAAGACAACAAGGUGCUUGCUUUGGUGCCAGCCCGUCAUUCUCUGAUGGAUUUUAGCGACUGCCAUUGCGAAAUUAUAUUGAACACCAUACACCUGAGACCUCACAAAGAAGGGCCCAAGAGUAGACCUGAAUUACCGCCUUUGGCUGCUCGAUUAUACAGGAUGUAUGAUGCAGUCAUCGCUAGGCAACAUGCAGGACCUACUGAAUCUCUUACUUUGGAUAUGUGCCUAUGGUGUAACGGGCGUGAUAUCCCACUACUGACAAGUGCAAGAUCAGACGGUGUCUCGGCUCCAAGUUCAACACCCAGUGAUCCUGCAGCAAAACAACAUUGGUUGUUUGGCCAUGAAGGUGAUGAUGAUGAUGAUGAAGACGAAUCAUCCGAUUCAGUUCCUGAGCCCACGAUUAUAUGUCCGUUAUGUUUGAUACCUUGUCACUUUACAUGUGCAGCAAGAGUACUCGCCAAGCUUGACCAAAUUGCAAUGCCUCCUCUGCUGCAUGUACGAGAUGAAUUUCCAAACGUCGACCCAAACCUUUUACCCGGUAGAUUUGCGCAGCAGAACCAUAGCGGCCAUAGCGGGGAUACCGAUACACAGCAAUUUUUGCUGUGUGCGUUUUGUCAGCAUUCGGUUCAGCGGCCACGUUGA